UGCAGUGUGUUUCGCGAGUUUUAUUGACAUGAUUCAUGCAGUUAUUAGAGUGCCUUAGGCUUACGAAAGCCUAUUAAUAUAUGAAGAGUUCCGUUUAGUACAUUCUGGUUGACGAAUUGCCGCAGGAUAUAUUUUUAAAUGGCGGAUUCCUCGGACGAGGACAUGGCAGAUCUCACGCUUUAUGACACGAGUGGAACGCCCUUACCCGAGCCACCUGGACUCUCUGGGAUUUCCCGACCCAUGCCACCUGGCCCCUUUUGGAAUUUUCUACCCUCGUCGUCUAGCCCCUCUUGUGAUUUUCAACCCGUGCCACAUUGCCCUUCUGGUGCUUUCCAACCCGUGCAAUCUGGCACAGCUUGGGAUUUCCUACCCGUGCAACCUGGCCUCUCUUGGGAUUUUCAAGCCGUGCCACAUGGCCCUUCUGGUGCUUUCCGACCCGUGCAACCUGGCCCAUCUUGGGAUUCCCUACCCGUGCAACCUGGCCCCUCUUGGAAUUUUCAACCCGUGCCACAUGGCCCUUCCGGGGCUGUCCGACCUGUGCAACCUGGCCUCUCAUGGGAUUUUUAUCCCGUGCAAGAUUGCCCAUCUACGAAUAUCCUACCCACGCCAUAUAGCCCUUCUUGGAAUUUUCAACCCGUGCAACCUGGGCCCCCUGGGGUUUUCCGACCUAUGCAACCAGGCCCCUGUGGGGCUUUCCGACCCGUGCAACCUGGCCCCUCAGAGGCGUUACGACACGUGCAACCUAGCCCUUCUGGGGCUUUUGCGACCGUACAGCCUAGCCCGUCUAGGGCUUUAGCACCCGUACAACCUAGUCCUUCUAGGGUAUUCACACCCGUGCAACCUGGCCCCUCUGAAGCUUUGGAACCCGUGCAAUCUGGCUCCUCUGGGGUUUUCCUACCCGUGAAAUCUGACUUCUCUGGAGCAUCCCUACCAGUACAGCCUGGCCUUUCUGGGGCUUUCCGACCCGUGGAACCUGAUCCCUCUGGGGCAUCCCAACCAGCGCCACCUGGCCCUUCUGGGGCUUUUCGACCCGUGGAACCUGAUUCCUCUGGAGCAUCCCAACCAGUGCAGCCUGGCCCUUCUGGGGCUUUUCGACCCGUGGAACCUGAUCCCUCUGGAACAUCCCAACCAGCGCCGCCUGGCCCUUCAGGGGCUUUUCGACCCGUGGAACAUGACCUUUCUGGAGCAUCCCAACCAGUGCAGCCUGGCCCCUCUGGGGCUUUCCAACCCGUGCAACGUAGCCCCUAUGGUAACGUCCCAUCGUCAACGAUUGCCUCUAGCAAGACGUCAACCGGCACGCGACCAAAGUCUACCGGCACGCGACCAAAGGACGCGGCACGCGUUCUUGGAUCCCAAAGCUCGGCCGCUGAAAAUAGCCAAAACUUGGGCGCAUGUUCCAGCUUGACUGACGAUAAAGGACAGAAGAACUCAACCACGACCGAAAACACGUUCACGUAUGGACCGUCAACAAGCCACCGUCAGAGGUGGAAAACCUACUCGUUACAGGUUCCCAAGACUGAUGAGACAAAAACUAAUCGCAAAAGGGCUGCUCCGGAUUCUGACAACUUAAAUCAAAACGAAACUUUCACUUUAUCCCAUCCAUCUUGUGUUUUACCCGUGUCCACUUCUCGUUCUACCGCCAGCACUUCUCGCGCAGCCAGACCCAGCAGAACUUGUCGUGCAGCCCAACCCAAUGGCACCCAUAACCCCCAGUCCCAGGAGCUCUCCCCCACAGAGACCCAGUCGCAACCCCUAGUCACUCCCCACCCUCAUUCCCUAAAGGCACUUGAAGCUCUCAAGUGGCACAUCGACAGGAUAACAUGAGUUCAGGCAACGCUAAACUCUUGUACGCUGUAAUGUUGUUACCAAUGCCCGUACGAAAGCCGUACCAUGUCUUUUGGAAUGUGCUCUACAAACCCGUUGUUAAGUCCUUAACAAACAAAUUACCAUGUCACUUACCGUCAUCGGAAAAAUACAACAUUACAUCACUCGAUCAUCACUAAACCAUGAUCGUGAUCAUCACUAAACCAUGAUUCCCAACCUCAUCGUCACCGAUUGUCGAUUCAGUCAGGUGUUCCGUCUGCUGGUCUCGGCACCACCCCCUCUCUCACCAACAUAGCUAGGUACCAACUCGGCGGGGUCGCGUCUUUAUUGGCAUUAGGGCAGUCCUUCAGUAGUUCUCAUUGCAAUGGUGGUAAGCUGUCUUGGACUUGGAGUAUCCAAUCUGUAUGGAGAAACGAGAUGCAAGGAUCUUUGUUAAUUAGUAAUAAAGGCUACUUUUUAGUGAAGACGUUGGCUUAUAGGACUUUUUGCCAUGAUAUUAGUACCUAACUAAUGAAACUUUUUAGUAAAGACGUUAGUUUGUUAUAAUUUUUGCCAGUAAUAUUGUUCGUUAGAUUGAAUUUUGCAGCAGCAACUUUAUUUUAGUGUGUAUGGUCAAAAAAUACACUCCAUUAGAGAAGCUAAAAUUUUUUUCCCUUCCUUAAUGUCGAGCCCCAGUUCAGCGCGUAUAUAAUGAAAGCAACAUUUAUUUGAAAUGAAGAGUCUUCGCAUUAUGAUGUCUUACCUUACUAUAACAGGACAAGAACAACUUUAUUUUAUCAAAGAAUUUAUCUGCAAAAUGUUUCAAACAUUCUUCGGUGUAAGAUUUCUCAGAAAUGUCAAAAUAACUUUGGUAGCAAGGUCAAAACUAAUAAAGGGCUUCGCCGGCAGUAUGCGAAUUGUUUAUUAGUAAAGUACUCGUUAAAUACUUUUCAACACAGUUCAAUAUCAAUUUAGUACGUAAUAUCAAUAGUGAAUCCAACACUUACAAUUCUGUACAUUUGUCACAAUGCUAUUCGAAAUCUCAAUAGAAAAAAAAUC